CCGCGGUUGGCUGAGGGGGACCGCGUAGGGGGAGUCGGCGUAUGCGUAAGAAAUCCCUCCGCAUCAUCACGGACGCGCACAAGUAGCAAAGCGGCUCAGAAAGGCACGUCCUUAACAGUCAACAUCAAGAUCGUCUGAAUCUCAACAUGGAUGACAAAUUUGAUGAUGAGUACCAGGCGGCCGCCGAUUGGCUGAUGAGCAAGACGUCGUCCCGGCCCACCGUGGGCAUUGUGUGCGGUUCUGGUUUGGGCGGCCUGGCUGAAAUGCUAAAGGAACGUCAAGUCUUCAAGUACGCUGACAUUCCCAAUUUCCCAAGGAGCACUGUGCACGGUCAUGCAGGUCAGCUGGUUUUCGGAACACUUAAGGGAAAAGCCUGUGUUUGCAUGCAGGGCAGGUUCCACCUAUAUGAAGGUUACCCAGUCCAAAAGGUGGCGCUUCCCAUGCGCGUCUUCAAACUGCUCGGAGUGAAGACUGUGAUCCUCACCAACGCAGCCGGCGGCCUGAACGAGGACUACAAGGUGGGCGAUGUCAUGAUCAUCAAGGAUCACAUCAACAUGCCAGGCUUUGCUGGUGUCAACCCGCUGGUGGGACCCAACCACGACAGGUUUGGCGUCCGCUUCCCCUGCAUGUCUGAUGCAUACGACCGCGAGCUGCGCAAGCUGGCACAUGAUGUAGCGGGCGAGCUGGACUUUGGCGACUUUAUGCGGGAGGGGGUCUACUGUGUCCUAGGAGGGCCCUCCUUCGAGACCAUCGCUGAGUGCCGCAUGAUGCACAAACUCGGGGCUGACGCCGUGGGCAUGAGCACGGUGCAUGAGGUGAUCACGGCGCGCCACGCCGACAUGCGCUGUUUGGCGAUGUCGCUCAUCACUAACCGGGCAGUCAUGGAUUACGAGAGCCAGGCCAAAGCCAACCACGAAGAGGUCCUUGAGACGGGCCGGCAGCGGGCCGUGCAGCUGGAGCGUCUAGUCAGCACCCUGGUGGGCCGCCUGGAGCUAUGCCACAACAAGUCUUUGUGAGGGCACUGUUUUUGUCUUAGAAAUCCCAUGGCAAGGAUUUUUCGACACAUCCUGAAUGUGUUGUUUUAUUUUAAAGAAAAUUUGUCACCCUAGCCCCACUUAAUUGCAUUUACAAAGCAUCUUACAUGAGUAGACCCACACAAAAGUCUAAAGAAAGCAUACCUGACACAGGAAGUGCAUCAUUUUGGCUUAAAGCAACCAUUUCAGGGUCAUUUAGGCCAUUUUCUGGUGUACUAAAAUUACUUACACAAGGAAGUUUACUCCAUUUUUUUUUCAUCAGAUUUGAAUCUGUAUUCUGAUUGUGUGGCCAAUUCCAAAUUGGCAAGGAUUUUAGUCGUGGUAAUUGCAUGUCAGAAGAUCAUGUGAACAAAAAGUCUUGUUUCUAACGUAAUAGAAUUCUUGCUUACAGUUAGCACAGUACGUACUCAACACACUACUGCUUUUAGUCAAUACUGAUGAAACAUUGAAAACCUCAGAGUUAUGCUCAACUUCCUGAUGCUUAAUGGAUUACACAAAAAACAAACAGCACUGUUCUUCUAACUACCUUGAAGCUCUUAAACUAUUCAUAUACUCACUGACUUAAUGCGGAACAAAGUCAUCUACAUAAAAGGGAGUUUUUUUUUUGGUUUAAAAAAAAAAAAAAAAAACGUGCAAAGAGUGUCGGAAUAUUUAUCUAAGUGUUGUAUUUAAUUAAAGGGUUUAUGUGCUCUAUUUAUAUAAAAAGGAUUAUUUUGUAGAAGGACCAAACGUGGCAAAGUCUUAUCACUGUAUAAUAACUGCAGACUUGGUUGAUAUCCUCUAGAACUACUUUUGCAAUAAAAUGACUUGUUACAUAACAAUCUUGUGUGCCCUGUGUUAAAUAAGUGUAGGUGGCAUUCCAACAUUUUGAACAACGAUUAUUCCUUCUUUUUUUUUUUCGGCACAUGUUGACUUUUUCAAUUUUAAAGGAUGCAUAUUUUUUAUAUCGAUUUAACUUUCAAUUGAAAUUGCAAUGAUGAACAACGGACAAAAAUUGAGUAUAAAAAAACUGUAGAAACUCACUAUACAUAUAUAUUAGGCCUUUCAAAAAUAACGCGUUAACGACCAUGAUUAAUCUGGAAAUAUUAACGCAUUAAAAAAAAAUAACGCAAUUUACCGCACACACGAAGUUUGGCCACAACUGCCUCCCGUAGUCCCACACGGGGAUGUUUACAUUCUCCGCAUGGCAAUGCAGGACAAAAUGCAGCCAGCCACGAUGAGUGAGGAGGAUGACCUAAGACUGCUUCAUGGCAAAUUCCGUUUUAAAAAGUUGCCUAAUGGAAAUCUGGAUAAAACAAAAGUUGUGUGCACAUACUGCUGUGAUGAACUGUCCUUCCAUCAAAGCACAACUAGCCUAAAGUACCACCUUUGGGCUAUGCAUAGCUUCACUAAUGUUAGCAAUGACGCUAACACCGCAAAAACAAGCCGCAGUCAUCAAACUACACUGGUAGAGUGCGGUCUCGGACUUGUCAACAAAAGGACAACAAGUAGGUUGACUACUGCUAUCGCUAGAUGGGUAGCCAGAGACUGUAGAGACCCAUUAACUUAGUCGAAGAUAAGGGCCUUGAAAAUGUCAUCCAGAUAGCAUCGGGCGACCCACCAUACAGAACACCUUCACGGGCAACUAUUGCCACAAAAAUUCAUGAACUUUUUGAAAAUGAAAAGGCAACGAAGGUGGAGCAACUAGCCAGAGUUACGUUUGUUGCACUGACAGGAGACCACUGGACAAAAAAAAGGGUAUGACUGGCUAACUUAAGCAGUGUUUCUAAACACCUUUACACACAUUUUAGUGUAAUGUUUUUCAGUUAAGUGUGAAAAUUGGACAAAUUUUUGUUUUGUUUUAAAUCUCACACAGCUUUCAGGCCAUUUAGUGUAAAACUGCAAAUGCUGCAUUUAUUUGUGUGAAACGUUUAACAGAGAAGUUGUUUACACAUUUCUUGAAACACUAGCUAUUGUUACUGUAUUGUGCUUGUCUGCUCUUAAAGUUGGCAGUUAAUUUUGGCCAAUAUGCCAAACGGUACUCUAACCACAUUGUUAGUCUGAGGCACUUUAAUCUGUUAAGCUCUUUUCUGUAUAAUACUGACAAUUUAUUUUAUUUUAUACGAGCCGAGUUGUUAAAUAAAAUUU